AGCAGCUCAAACCUUGAACUGUUAGUAGGAAUCAGUGAAUAAUUUGUCCUUCAAGAUCUGCGUCUGGGUACUCAAAGAUCAUUCUUGAUCCUGGAAAGGUAUAACUUCUUAUGUUCCUUGUACAAGUGAAGGGCAAAGCAAGUUAGUUAAUAAUAGCGAGACUGAUCACCCUCAUGACCUACUCAGCUCAUGUGAACCUCGAGCCUCUCUUCGAAGCACUCUGUGAAAGGUGUCCUUAACAUUGCAUCUGGUUAAUAUCUCCACAAUCUACUGAUUUUAGCUACAAAAAUAUCCGUACAGGUCUUCUGUAUCAACUUGUAUUUCCUAAAUGAAUACACUUUUAAGUUUAGUAUUUAAACUUCGUAGUGGUCUGUUAUGUUUAGAGGGAUCAUGAGCGACAUGAAUCGUAGUGAUUAUUCCCCCUGAAUCCUUCUGUACUGCACAGACUGCAAACUUGAAGCUUCCAUGCGAGUUAAGUGCAGUUCAUUUUUUUGUUUCGCAUACAUUUUUGAUUACCCUUUUUUGAGCACAUUACAAGAGGAUGAUAGGUUAAUGAUAAAUGAUCCAAGAACCGUUUUGCAAAUGAGGUCCUAAUUAAACAACAGGAAAGGUUUUAAAUUAUCCCGAAGUUAGUCUAUAAAGAAAAUCCAAGAUAGUAUUCAAUUUUGCUGCAGGAUCCCAAUGGGAAGAAGCAGGUAUUUUUGAAGUAAAAAGUGUGGUACUAGAAUCAUCCCGAAAGUACGUGACCGAUACAGUUCCACUACUAUUCACCAUUAUCACCCUUCAUUUGCUGCUACUGAAAGGACAGUUUCUAUUGGUAUAGUCACAUAACCUAUUUAAGUUUUUGUAAUGAAACAAAAUAUUUGGAUCUAGCGUCUCUCUCAAGUUCUAAAAUCAUCUCCAUAUAAUAGAUUCUAAGGGCCUGUAUUGAUAGGCAAAUCUUUAAACAAUGGGAGCAUAAUCCUUGGGAUUUCACUCUGUGGUACUUCACUCGUCAUUGAAAACUAGUUAGAUAUGGCAAAGCAAGCUCUGACAGCUAACGAUCUCCCCUAUAAGUAAUCUGAAAGUCACUAAGCACCCGAUAGUUGCUGCUAAUCCCGGUUUCAGGUGAGCGACUCGAUAAUUAACUUUAUUAAAUAUCUCCAUAAAAAUUAGUAAGGUCAUGUGCAUAAGUUGAAUGUACUCCAAUGAGAUGGUACAUCUAUUCUAAACAGUUAACAAGCCUGUAUCACGUGAUCUAUGUAAGAGAAUUCCAUGUUGUGGUUAAAAAACUUUACAGUUAUUGAAUAGAUAGUUGUUUAUGGGUUCGUGAAUUCUUCCAUGACUUACUCCGAAAGGCUAAGAAAUUAGUUCGCAAUUGGAAGUUCCUAUCUUGCUGUUUACGUCACAGUCAAAUAAGAAUACUAGUUCUCAUUCAAUCGUUUUAUUAGCAUCACCUGUUUUUGGUCAAUUAUUAUUCCGAAACAAACUGUAUUUAAGGUGUUCAGUUAAUAAGGUUGGUCACUACUUUUGUAAUGGACGGCCUAUAUAGACGAUACACAACACCCCACGUGUGUUGUUGACUUCUUAAUGAUCACAGUUUCACCUUAGUUUGUUUAACAAUAUAAAGCAUUCUAUCCCAAACUUUUGGGAAUUUCACAUCCUGUUUUAAUCUAGCCCAUGUUACAAAAACUAAUAUGACAGAUCCAUAAUUAAUUAAUUUCAAAGUUUUUGAGACAUAUUACUAAUGCGUAUAUCUUUAUUUUUCCAAGAUAUGGUUUUUCUUAAGAUUUUAUAUGUUCGUACCCCUUUAGAAAUGUUCUAAAUUAUUUUCAAAGCGAAGAGUGUAAUCUUUGAAGAAUGAGAACUUUCACCAUUAAACAAUCUAUGGCUACUCCACUAGUCGUGAAAUUCAUCACACCAAUGUUAUAUUUUCCCGGAAAACGACGACUCAUGGGUCGUACAUCAAUUUAGGCCCCCGCUCAUUUGUACCCUUACCAUAGCAAGGAUCAGUAAAGAAUUCUUCAAUUAACGUAAACACCUUAAAACUUUGCGUUUGCGAUUCCUUAAUCUGGAUAGUUUACCACAAAUGAAAACUAUUUGUUCUUCUCUUUUGAAGAUUUAUGCUAAUCCCGAACUUCAGCUAGCUGUGUUACAAAUUCGAGCCCCUCCCUUCACCGGUUCCAAACGAAAGCAUGUCAAGGAGCUUGUGACCUUCCUGAAAUCUAUGAAGUUUAAAACUGUGGUUUUACUUUCAAGUAGCUUUGCGACUAUUCUUAAAGAUGAGGAGCUAAACUCAGCACCACUGCAGUAUGCUUUGUCGUCGUCAUUCUGCGCUUCUGAUCGUAAACGCUUUGAUGAACUGGAUUGGUAUCCCCUUAAGACGUACAGUGACCACCUAGAUUGUCAAUUAUCUGUUGUUUAUUAUUUACCUGGGUGUGGAAUUGCAAGUUAUUUAUUUGAAGAAUUACUCAAACAUGAAGAGAUAUCUGCUUGUCUGUUAAAUCUUUUUACAUCUGAAGGCGAUAACAGUGGCGAUGCACUUUAUGUUGUGCAGCAUUUGAAUAAGUGGUUACAAUUCAAAGCACAACACGGAGUUGAAGACACAAGUUUUCAAUGGUCUCUCCCCCCUUCUUGGAGCUAUUUGUUUGGAACUGAUCCUGUUGAUGAAUUGUAUUAGACUUUUAUUAAAUAUUUACAAAAGAUUAGUUUUCUGGCAUUUCAGGUUUUCUGACGAAUCAAACUUUUCGCUAGGAAUUUUUAUGAAUUCAUGAGUUCAUAGAUUUAAGUUGUUCAUCAAAUGAAAAAGCUAAGCAACGACGGUAAAUAUGCUAAGAAUUCGGAUCUAUAAUUUCGAAGUUCAGAAUUAUUAUGAAGGCCUAAUUUCAUUCACUAACACUCAGUAUACAUGUUUAUUUGUAUUUAGUAACAAGUACAACUUGUGUGUGACUUUUAUAAUGAAUUUUACCUUCUCAAUUACUUAUAAAAUUUAUUGUACAUAACCUUAGUUUUCCUGCAGCAGGAUAAUUCGGAAAACAUGGUGAUAUUGUUGUUUAAUUUUGUAACGUUCAUAGAUUAUAGGCAUCAACGAGUGACAUGUUCGUUUGAAUAACCAGAGAGAAGUCUAUUUUGCGGUUCCACUAAUUUAAGCAUUCUUGAAUCAGAGUAUCAUUAUCUAUCAAUAAAAUACAUGUUGAAAAUUCCCAUUUUGCCAUUUGGUUAAUAAAGAAGAAACGAAUUGAGCAAAAUUUCUUUUUAAUUAGUUUUUCAUCAUG